AUGUCUGCUACUGCAUUAUCCCAAGAACUCAGUAAAACUGAGAAAUUGAAUGGCACCAAUUUUGCUCUUUGGAAACGUAGGAUUGGAAGGAUACUUGAUGAAGAAAAUGUUGAUUAUGUUUUAGAUAAAUCUAUUCCUACUAAACCUGUUGAUGAUGAUUCAUUGACUGUAAUUCGUGAAUAUCAAAAAUGGGAAAAAUAUAAUAGGAAUGUAAGAAAUUGUUUGUUAACUUUUAUGGAGCCUGACAUAGAAGUUGUGUUUGAAGAAUAUAAUAAUGCUAAAGAUAUGUUUGAAGCCAUUAAAGAAACAUAUGGAAAAAUAACUGAAACCUAUGUUCAAUUGUUAAUUGAAAAAUAUUAUGGCUGUGAAAUGAGAGAAGAGGAUUCUGUAAUAGAUCAUGUUAGUAAAAUGAAUAUGAUUGCCAAAGAGUUGGCAGUCACUAGGAACCCUAUUCCUGAGAAAAUUCAGGUCUCCACCAUUCUUAAUAGCCUCCCAUCUUCUUGGAAUUCUAUAGUAACAACUUUAAACCUAUCUGGAAGAGAAGUUAGCAUAAAAAACUUACCUACCUUAUUAGGAUUAGAGGUUGAGAGGAAGAGGAAGAAAUCCCAACCUUCAUCCUUAAUGGUUAUUACCAAACCAACUGAAACUUCCCAAGUGGCUGAAAAGCGAGGGCUCCUUCUCCUUCCCCUUCUUCAAACUCCGAUUCGUAUUUUUCAUAUAGAAAUCUCUGAUCAACGAUAG